CGGAGUGGUUACUGUCUGUCACAGUGGGAUUAUUUUUUAUGUUUAUUGUAAGAAGAUUCUUUUUUCCUGUCAUUGGCAAUAUCAUUUUCGACUGUUUGGAACGCAACACAUCCUCCGCUAAGCUAGUGGGCUGCACAAAUAAAAAAACAACCCACAGUGAUCCCAGAGAAAAGACUGUCUUGCUAAACUCCUCAACCAGGGUUUGUCUCUUGGCCGCAGAAAAAUGCUGCAUCCUCAGAGGUCCCUGUCCGAGCUGCCGAAGAUGUCCGCGGCCAGUCAGGUGGAAAGAGCCGUGCUGGAGGAGGAGUUUAACUGGCUGCUGAAAGAAGAAGUACAUGCUGUCCUGAAGCAGCUUCAGGAGAUCCUCAAGGAGGCGUCCAGACGUUUCUCCAUGCCCACUCCGGGCCUGGAGAGUCAGCUGAAGCAGGAGAACUUCAUCCUGGGCAGCUCAACCAUGGAUCAGGUGAAGGGGGUGCUGACUCUGCAGGGAGAGGCUCUGACUCAGGCGGACAUAAACCUGAAGGUUGCCAAGAGCAGCCAAGUCCUGCACUUUCAGUUCAGAGAGGACAAACAGUGGAAGCUGCAGCAGAUCCAGGACGCCAGGAAUCACGUGAACCAGGCUCUGCUGCUUCUGAGCAGCCGCGACGACACCUACCAGUUCAAGACGGGCGCCGAGGUCAACAAGCUCAUGGAUGCCGUGAUGCUGCAGCUGACGCGAGCUCGAAACCGCCUCACCACCCCGGCAUCGUUGACUCUUCCAGAACUCGCCACCAGCGGUCUGAUGAAAAUGUUCACUCCCCCUAUGCCUGGUGACGUGAUGGUGAACUUUUACAUCAAUUUAAGCAAGCUGUGUCUGACCGUCUACCAGCUACAUGUGCUCCCUCCCAACACCACCAAGAACUUCAAGCCAACAGGAAGCUCUGUGUUGCACAACCCAGGAGCGAUGUUUGAGCUCAACAACAACCGCUUCGAGGUGAGCCACGUUCACAAGGUGGAGUGUGUGGUGCCGUGGCUCAGCGACACGCUGGUGUUCUUCACCAUCUCCCUGCAGCUCUGUCAGCAACUCAAGGACAAGAUCUCCGUCUUCUCCAGCUUCUGGAACUACAGGCCGUUCUGAUCCAGCCCAUCCUCCACAAACCAAACUAACCAAUCAAGUGUAAGGGAAACGCUGGAAAGCUUUUAUUUUUCUAUGUAUUUAUCAUGCAGUCUGUCAAAGUGUUGCUCCACGAGCUGAAAGCAGCCACACACCACCGGAUACCAAGAUUAUAGACCAUAAUGGAGUUAGGCCAGCUGACCUUUAUUUCUCUCAUAUGUGUGUGUGGGUGUGUAUGGCAACUCAUGAUACAAACUUGAACCUCUCAAUGAAUGAAUGUGAUUAUUAUUUAAAUUAUUUAAUCAUGUAGAACUCUAAUGUUUGCACUCAGGAUGGAAGAACUGAGCAUCAAAGUGUUUUCAGGUUCAUCCUGAAAACCCCAAAUUUCCUGAUUUCUUUAAAUUUAGCUAGUUUCUGUUUUCCUCCCUCCAGCACCUCAGUUGUUCUCUGAGAUUUACUCAGCUGACUGGUAGGCUCCUUCUAAUGUCUACAAGUUACAGGAACACUGAAAUCUGGUGGCCCUGAGCCUGUUGUUAUUAUUAUUAUUAUUAACUUGCUAAGGCCAGACCAGUGACUACCCAGUUGAAAUGUUAUCCAGUCAGUGAACAGGGCCCAUUUAAAGGGAUAGUUUAUCAUUUUUUUGUGUCGAUCAUAUCAGCGACCUUAGAGCGAGGGUGUCCAAACCUUAUGGAAAAAAACCCAAAACACUUAAGCUAAUAAAAUUGUCUGAUUUUAUUAUGUAUUUAUUUUGAUAGAAAAGAGAUGUUAUUCAUUGUAGAUCAAAAUCUUAAAAGGGAGUUUUUACAUUAGCCGAGUUAAAAGAAAAAGCCAUUAGUGUUUAAAUUUGUUCAGGCUCAAUUGAACAGAUUUAUUCUCCGGAUUUGAGUCCCUUUCUCUCAAAACACUGGCGAUAUGUAUCCAAGAUUAAUAAAUUAGAUUAAAAAGAUAAAGUCGGCCUUUCAGUGAUGGUCUCUGAGGACAUGUGGUUCUGAUUUAAAAAAAAACAGCCAACACUCUGUUGUACUGAACAUUUUUCACUGUAAGAAAAUUAUAAAUUUUCACUGAUGACAAAUUAAAAGUCUCCAUUUGAAUCACCCAGCUGUGCUGGACGGGUCAGAUUUGGAUCGUUCUUGAAUCACAGUUGGUGGGGCAGCACAAAAUCAGUCCAACGGCCACAAAUGGACCUGGGGCUACAGUUUGGACACCCCUGCCUCAGAGUGCUGGUUUCAGCUGACCGCAGCAGAUUGCAUGAUCCUGGUAGACUCACCAUCAGCCUGAAUUCUGAUUCAGCAGAUCUGGAAAGACUGCCACAAAAAUAUUUGCAGCUUUUAUUUUGAAAUUAAACCUUGUUAAAUGUUACAGAUGUUUAGAGAGUUCGUAAUGCUAAUGGUUUUCGUCAUGCUAACUGAUGACAUAGCGGUACAUUCUCUCUGUACCGGAAAGAUGCAGCUCCUGUUUAGGAAAAAGGAGAAUCCUACAGCGUCGCCUUACAGCCGAUGGAGACGGGGAAGAAGAGGAGUACAUUUCUGACAAAAAAUUCAGAGAUUUUUACAUUAAUCUCCAAAAUUUUCUAGAAAUCUAGUGGAUUUUUUUUUUUUUUUGCCAUAAAUUUACUACUCUUUUUUUUUUUUUUUGUCUAAAUAUGUUGGCCCCUACAUGACGUCAUAGAAUUCUAACUUUAUCCAAUAUGGCUUCCCUCAUAGAGAAUGUAGAGGACUAUUUUUUUGCACCGUGAUGUUUGCAUUGCAGUAAACCAAUGACAUCACAUCUGCUCCCAAAACUAAUAGUAAACAAUUAAUAGCAGGAAGAGAUGUUGAUUAUAGAUCUGGAGAUAUUGGCUAAAAUAUCAGCAGGUCUGAAUUGUACAAUAAUUAUAAAAUGGGAAUCGCCCAAUAAUCUCUGAUUGAUGUAUCUCUAUUUCAAGACUCUUUGAUGCUUUAAAAGUCGUUUUUUUUUUUUCUUCAUAUUUUUGGUGCUUUAUUAUAUCAGAUGUAAGCUACAAAGAUUGUCCCACAGGGAACCCAGUUGGUACUCUGGUCCAUGCUGAAAUCAUUCAUAUCCACUAACACUGCUCUUCUUCAGGUUAAGUUUGUAACUCCACAGUGUCUGCUGACUAGACGGCAUCAGCAGCAGCAGGAGGAAAACAGUUUUCCUUCCAGCUCUGCACACAUUCUCUGGAUUUAACCCAGCUCUAAGCUAUUUGUGUCGUUUGUUUCUGUCCGCUCGGCUCUGUGUUUGUAUUUAUUAUGUUUCUCAUGUGGUUAAUCUGUGGAAUAUUAAUCUAAUCAUGAACAAAUGAUUUCAGCACUCUAAGUGUUAAUCUGUUUUGAGAAGCUGCCUGUAAAAUGAAAUGUGGAAAAGAUUCCUCUGUGCAAUAAAACUCUAAAAGAACCUCGUUUGAGUUCUGCUUUUAUGAAUGGAUGUUAUUAGAAUUCUGUGUGACACACACACUUUUAUUAAAUAACAUGUUUUUUGCAUAUUUGUUUGAACUGUCACCAUGUCUUAACAAUUUGGUAUGACAUUUAUAUGUGAAACAACCUGAGCUCCUCUGUCCAUAUAAGUUUCUUCAGGCAAUGAGUCAUUAAUAAAGAUGCUGCUCCAUCAUCGUCCCACUA